GUCUUGAGUCUCCUCCCCACGCAACUCUCUCUGAGAUAGCAACAUGCCCUCUGAAUCGUGGCCAGAACAAUUGGAGGGGGUGAAACGCAACGGCGCAUCAAUCUUGAAGAAACCCUGCGUCCGCAACGCACUCAUGGCAGGCAUUGGGACAGGAACCCUGAUGGGCAUCCAUAAGUUUCGAGUUGGAAAGACGGUGCCGCAAGCAUGUGCGGCCUGGGGUUACACCCUUGUGCUGGGCUCUUGCAUACACAUGAUGGCCUGCACCUACCAACUCAGAAGAAAGUACGAAGACGUGGAACGUCAAAUGGCAAUGUCUGGUGCCAUUCACGCGAGCAAAGCACCCGAGCUGCGAUAAAGUCAGAACCCGUGCUGCCUGUUCACCCCAAUAUUGCGUCAGCAUAGUAACACCACGGGCCUCUCUCCUUUAGAAUCCGAUACUCGGGCCCCUCAGGCUUGCCUUUUCUGUGUGCUGGCGUCAAAAUGGAAAUCUGGUGGAAUCUGCCAUCCGCCUUCUGUGGCUGAACACUGCUCUUGGAGCUCUCUUUCGUGAUCCCAUGCGGCUGGAUAACCGCUGGACAACCGGCGUGUGUGCGGGGGGUGCUUUCAUGUGAACCUAUGUAAAGCCGAUUCGUGUUGGUGUGGGCUAGUGGGAGAAUCAGCGUGGGCUCCUUAUCGUUACGGCGGGGCUUACUGUUAUCGAGGCCAGCGGGUCGCGACAGGCGUACAUGCCGCGCAAUUUGUCCCUCAAGGCACGACUGAUUGGGGGGGCUUCAACGGGAAAUGGGCGAGGUCCG